AUGGCCGCCAAUAUGCAGGCGACCCCUGCGCCGCCGCCGAAUGUCCAGCGCGGGAAUUAUCUUUGGGUUCUCCAUGAACACACCCCGCGCGGAGAUGAUGAGUUACGAAUGAAGCGCGGCGACGUGAUCUUGCUAGAGGAGAUGGAUGAAGAAUUUCAGGAUGGCUGGUGGCUGGGCGAACACCCCGGAACCGGCCAGAAGGGCCUCUUCCCAGCAGGCUUUACUAGACUGGCGCAUGCCCACGAGGUUCCUACGAGCUACAGACUACCCAGCUCGCUGGAGCACAUUCAGAACGACCCCGCACCGCAAGGGGUAAUUGCAUCCGAAACCACCGAGUCGCCCGCACAGAUGGAGCCAUCCACCCCGGUCGAUACAUCUUUCAAUUCUGUCGGAAGCGAGCAAACAACACCACAGGCCUCGCGACAUGCCAGCACCUCCGAGGUGCUGGGUUCUCCCCAGCAACAACGCUCCGCUUCGUCUCCACUUCCGCGGCCCAGCCUGGCGGCGAACAUUCAAGAUGCUUUUCGCAGGUCCAUGGAUAAACAUGCGAAUGGCGAGGAUAGCCCCGUGAUGAAUGAGACAUUGAGUGUCAUCGAUGAGCACAUCACGGAUAUGAACACUCCUCGUCAUAGUGUGUCGACGCAAGAGGCCAAGACGACCAACGAUUCAGGAAGUGAAUAUUCCAGUCAUUUGAGCCAUCGAAUUUCUUACAUCAACGGCAACGAGACGGACGAUGAAGAAAACACACACCCGGCAGUAGAGGACGUGCGGAGGUGGAAUCCUUCCGAGACAGCCAAGCAUCUGCUUGCACUCGGGGUCGAUCCCAUGCACUGCGAAAUUUUCGAAAGGGAGGAAAUCACCGGUGAUGUUCUUCUUGAGAUGGAUCAGGAUACCAUUUUCAUGAAACACUUUGACCUUGGCGUCAUGGGUAAGCGACUGAAGACCUGGCACAAGAUCAAGGCAUUCCAAGAGGAAGUGAAGGGUAUCAAGCUGCAGAUUCAACCUUCGAGGGGCUCCGUUUCUAGCUUUGCGGGACCUUCCGGUCCAACGGGCCCUGAAGAGCGCUCACUAUCGCGCGCGGGCCAUACUGGUCCAUUUCUCCCGCGAAUCCCAACUGUCUCUGAAAGGACGGGCCCAGGAUAUGUACCUCGGAUUUCUACCGUCCCUGGACAACACGUUCCUGGACAGUACCCAAGGCUGGCCAGCAACGGCAGCUCUCCCAUGACGCCCAUGACGCCUCAAUUCGGCAAUGAUUCUCCCCGAAGAGUCUCCGCAGCUUCGAUCCGUGACUACAACCGACGCCACUCUUCCAUCGACGCCACCAAUCGUGGUUUGCCUGAUUUUGCUAUGAAUGGCAGCCACCAGAAAAAGCCAUCCUUCGAUCGAUCGUGGACUCUUAACAGUGGCCCGCAACCGCUUCCCGGUCGCCCAGGAACGUCAAUGGGCACUACAGCUUACCGAGGGCCGCAAGUCACCGGAUCGGAGCCUAAUACACCCGAGCAGUAUGAAGAUCUUGAACGAGGGUACUUCUCUGGAACUGAAGUGGACUCGCGCCGGUCUCGACGCACUCUGCAAAAGCGGACCUCCACCGGUGGUAGUGUCAGCCAUUCUCGAAAGUCGAGCUACGCAGAAGACCCUUAUCGAGUCCGAAGUACAGACAAGCGCCAGUCUCGAAUUGGUAGUAUCGAUUCUAUGCGCGACGCAUCCACACAUGUCUCACCUGCUGCUCAGGCUUACCAUGGAACCCCACCCAAGAGUCGAUUCAGGAGCAUGAGUACGCGGGUUUCGAACCGAAGCGGUAACGACUCUCAGUCCUCUAACCCUGAAGGCAAGUCAGGGUUCUUCUCAAGCUUCGGGCCUUUGAUCAGAAACAAGAACGACUCCAGAGGUGACAACAAAGUUGAGGUCAAGGAUGGCAAGGCAGACAUGAAAGCAGAGGGUAAUGUUCGCUCCUCGACCAUGCCCUUCCAACUGCCAAAGAUGGGAGGUGCCGGACCCAAGAUUCGACGAGCGGUCGGCCUACGUACCAUCUCUGACGUCGUCGCCAAAGGCGGUAGCGACAAUUCUGCGCCCGUUUCGCCUCGCGACUACGAUCCCAUGUCUGGUCGUACUGGAUCUACCACUCCGUCUGCCACGUCUAAGAGCUCGGAGCGCCACAGUACUGACGGGUCUGGCAAAGCCGCUGACGGUCCCGGGAUUGUCGUUCGACCACGGACGGUCAAGUCCAAGAAGGACACCAGCGCCUACACUCGUGGCUUGGAGAAGAAAUCUCCCAGAGAGCAGAUGAACGGCUGUGAUUAUAGUGGCUGGAUGAAGAAACGGUCGUCCAAUUUGAUGACCACAUGGAAGCCCCGGCUGUUCAUCCUACGCGGUCGCCGUCUGUCCUACUAUUACUCUGAAGAUGAUACGGAGGAAAGAGGCCUGAUCGACAUCACCGCUCAUCGUGUGCUGCGGGCCGACAAUGACCCCAUCAUCGCCCUUCACGCGACAGUCACUGGCGCCACCUCGUUGCCCGCCAACGCCAGUGCUACUGAGAAUGCGGGUGGCAUGAAAGUUACCAGCCCGGCCGUCCUUGCUUCACUCGCCGGCAAGGACGCCAGUGGGCCAUUCUUCUUCAAAUUAGUGCCUCCAAAGUCGGGCAACUCGCGUACUGUGCAGUUCACCAAGCCGACCACCCAUUUCUUCCAGGUCGACAGUGUACAAGAAGGCCGUUUAUGGAUGGCCGCCCUUAUGAAAGCAACCAUCGAGCGUGACCUGUCUGGAAAGGUGGAAACAUCGAACAAGCAAAAGACCAUCAGUCUUAAACAGGCUCUCCUGAUGCAAGCACGUCCACCGGCAUUGAUGAAUAUUCCGACCAGCUCAGAGCAGCCAGGUCAAUUGCUCGAAGAAGAUGAAGAUGACAAGGGGCUUCGCAUUGAUGGAUUGAAUCUGCCUAAAUCACCUUCUUCAGAUGGCAACUCCUACACCGAUACGGGGAAUGCGGUAGCGGAGAAUGAGCCCGAAGGCUCGAAUCGCCCACAGUCAAAUCCACUCGGAGAGACCGAGGUUGGAAACCCGCCUCUCCGCCCCGAAUCACUGGCUCAGACCGAAUCGAAGUAA